UACACGAAAACUAUGAAAACGUGGUCACGUUUGCCGUUUGCGGGGAGAAAAAAAAGUCGAUCUAACACUCUCUAUUACAAAGAUUAUAACUGGAAAGAGUUAGCAUUAUCCCGUGAAAACUUAACGAAGUUCACUGUUAAAGAGUUACAAAAAUACUUAAAGUACCACCAACUAUCAAUAAAAGGAGUCAAGAAUGACAAAGUUUUGCGGAUAAUGGCGCACAUCAACCUAUCAAGUAAUGACCCUAUUGACAAGACUUUGCAGUAUAACUCUAUUUCACAGAAUGAAGUGGAAUAUGAAGAUAGUGAAGAUGAAGAUGGUGAAGAUGAUGAUAGUGAAGAUGAUGAUAGUGAAGACGAAAACGAAAUAGUUGCUGCUAUCGAAAGUGAAUCAGAAGAAGAGGGAGAUGCUGAUAUGGAAAGCCAAGAUGAGUCUGAAGAGAUUCCACUGCUAUUAUAUACACUGGAUCACGAGUAACCCGCUCUCGAUUUGGGAGACAAUCUAGGCCCAGUACUCGGUAUCAGUAAGUAUCGGUACUUUCUUGCAUAGGUAAAUAGCUUUAUCGUUUGGUUAUUCAUUGAAAAUAAGAAGUGGUAUUAAUAGGGGGGAGAGCAUAAAUUUUUAGCCUUGCUUCGGGGGGGAU